AUGGAUGCAAUCCGCGGGGAAAUGCGCCUUUUGCGGCCUGAUGGAGGUGAAAAUAUUAUCACAGAAGAUGCUGAUGAGCAACGCCUUCGUGAAAAAGUCGAUGCGGUUCGCGCAAAGAUGAGACUUGCGCAAAGCCAAGAUGAUAUUCAAUUGGAUCAACCGCAAGAAAGUAAUGCUUCAAUGGACGAGUCUCGCCUUACGCCACCAGUUUACGUGGUGGUUUCCGAUGACGAGUCACCCAAACCGACUACUUCAACAUCUGGUGGUGUCAAUACAACUACCAUUCCAACUAAUGAAGAGUGUAGUGAGCCAAAGAAGAAAUUGAAGAGGCGUACGUUCAAUGUAUAA